AUGUCUGAGAAGAAAAUUGUUGGGGGUAUUCCCGUCGAUUGUCUAACUGGAGAAUCAGCUGCAAUAUGGUCCGGCUGGCGUACACUGGGAGACAGAGAGCUUGUGAGAGAAGCCUCUGCCAAGGGUACUCAUAUAAAAUUAGCUCAUAAAUGCCUCGCAUAUAGGAGACACUCCUCUAUAGAGCAAGCGUGUAUAUAUUUCAACAAAGAAGUAGAAAUUUGGAUCAACGAGUUAUUAAACAAAAAACAAGUUUACAGAGCUUCACAUAUUUUAAAGAAUAUGGGAAAGGAGCCUCUGGAAUAUAUUUUUAACGUUUCUACAAAAAGCAAAGAUCCAAUCUUAAGGAAUUACUUGUGUGAAUACAUGAUAAAUGCUAAUGGAUUUGAGACUCCGCAUGUUACAGCAUGGAACAUUAUUAAAUCCAUUGCACAGCACGAGGACAAAUAUAAAAUUCAAAACGGUUUAAGUUAUUGUAUAUGUAUAGAUGAUAUAAUAAAACUACCACAGAACAUCAAAGAAGCCCUGUGCACGGAAUUAUAUUUCUCUUUAGAUAAUUUAGAAAUUUUGGGAAAUGUAUCUAACACGAUUUUAUGGGAUUAUUUAUUAUCUACUAAUAAAAUUGACACAUUGAGGCUAUGGAUUGACGCAAGGUAUAAUCGAGAUGUCUUCCAGAAGACGGAUGAGAUUGAACAUCACUUAAAAUCAUUAUUCACAAAUUUAAAUAUCACAUCAGAUAUGAUUGAAUCUAUAGAUUCUUCAAAUGCUAGUCAUCUGGUGAAACACUUAACGAAAAAUCAUUUAUCCAGAUAUGGAAUUUAUGUAAAAGAAGAAAGAAACGAUUCGAAAUUGCUAUUAAAUCGUUCCUUUGGCUGUGGUAAUACAGUAGAAGAACUCAGUAGAAUAUUGUCUCUACCUUCCUGCAACGUUGACGAAACGGACUUUUUGCGAAACAUCGAUCAACAGUUGUGCCUUAAACAUUGCUCGCAGGAAUUUCAGACUCAGGAAGAUAGCUUGAAACUCACGAGAUUAUUAAACGUAUUAACUGACAUGUGUAAUACUCGAGAUCAUCACGAAGAUGCGUUAACACGUGGAAUUGUGGAAUCGAUUGAUUAUAUUUCCGAUGACUUUGAUGUUUAUCUGAAAAAGGACUAUUUGACAAGUUUGACGUUGAUAUUUUUACGAUUGUGGCAAAUGAGGAGCACGUAUAAUGAAGCAAACACUUCAGUGAAGAAGAAAUUAAUAAGAGACAUAUUUACGAGCAAAGUCGAUUUACAAAUUGAUGAUGCUCACGUCAUCUCUCAAGAUGCUCUACAAUCUACACUCACACAUGUACCAACUUUGCAACGCAUCAUUGAAGACCAAAGUGAAACAAAUGAAAUUACGGUAUAUGAAUUAUUAGACGGCUACAGGAAUUUGAAUACAAAACUGCUAUUCAAGUGGCGCUUCAAAAAUGAGCCGUUGCCUAGUUUUACUAGCGAAAGUCUCAUUAAAAAGUACGGGCAUCAGGAGACAUUAACGUACGGCUAUUAUCUGAAAGAAGGCAGGCCAAAUAUGGCUGCGCAUAGCUUAAAACGCGUUCAAGCUAAAUUACUUGGAAAUAUAUCUGCCCAAAGGAAAUCCAAAGCGGCCUUGUACGCACAUGUUCUCGCCUUGAGAAAUUUGGAUAAGCCUGAUAUUGUGUGUAGCUGUAUCGCCUUCAUUGAAUUGCUGGGAAUCGACUCGAACAAUUUACGACUGCACGUUACUGCAGCGGAAUAUGUACAAGAGCAACUAAACAUCUCCAUAGGAAACUUGUUAGAAAACGUGAUGUACAAAAGCCACAAUGAUCUGAAGUGCGUUAUGUCUUAUCUAGAACAGAGUUUCCAGAAACUUUUGCUGGACAAAAACUUGAUAAAUGACGGCACAUGGUUUAUUGAAGCGCUGAAAAUGUGGGACGUCAUCGUGCGGUUUGCACGAGUUCACAAUUGCGCGCUGCCGAGUACACUGUUGAAAUAUUUGGCAGAUCGCGAUUUGUGGUUUGAAUUUGUCGCAGUCAGUCAUAUCUUCGCUUAUCCUACAAAACAGGUACUGGAAAAGGCGAGAUUGUUCAGUAAUGCGAACAUUCGAGAGCACCUGCUAACGUGUCUGAAUAACAGUAAACUCGGCAAAUCUCAACCAAGCAGUGAGCAGAAGCUGAAAUCUCGUGAAGUGAGGCAAUCGUUAUACUACAAAGUAGGAACGAAACAAGAUGAAUCUCCGGUAUCCAGUCCGUUCAAAUUGGAGACUGACGCGAAUGCGACGGAUGCAAUCAGCACAGAGCAUACGUCCAUCUCGACUUCCUCAAAUGAUUUGUGGUUAACUAUACUGAAUUGUCAUCAGAGUCAGGACCCACCAGGAGCAUUGAUCAACGCGUCUCGAUUACAUCUAAGACCCAUAUUAACUAUUUUGGCUACAUGUUACGAGCCGUCUUCAGUAGCAGCAUAUUGCUGUUGUUGGAUGGCAAUAUCGACUGGCAGGGAAGACAUACUUCUCGAUUAUGCGGAAUGUUUGGAACAACAAGUGUGGCCUUCCGACAAGACAUCAGAGUUGCUGAAUCAAAUGCUUCAAGAGGGCUACAUCAACACCAUUAACUGGGCUUAUAGAAUUUUCAUGCCUGAUAGUAUCCUGAAUCCGUUCUUCGAGUUUCUGACGCAAGCAAUCAGUUAUGGCGAGUUCAAAGCGAGUCAACAGCAUUUAGUAGAGUUCAAGUCACAAUGUUCAUCGCUUAAGUACAACAAAAUUGUGGACUGGGAUAGCGUCAACUUUACAUAUUUGAAGAAUUUGUAUUGGGUUGCACUCGUUGCAACUCGGUGCAUCAUCACGGCACUUGGCUAUGGUUUUCAAAGCACACCGUUACGAAUAAAGUUUCUUGAGGCAUUAAUCAAAUGUAAUUUUUCUGCAGAUUUACCGAUUUCAGUACCGAAUUUUCAACGUUUGUUGGAUAUUACGAAAAUUCUGCAGAAAACCGACGUAAUAUUAAACUUCAGAAGCGUAACUGUAAUUGACGAUAUACACAAUUUUGACGAAGAGAUUCAAAGAUGCAUCAACGAACUAGUGGCAAUCGAGAAUUACAAUGCUGCCUUGGAAUUAGCAUGCCGUGCUGAAUUAAACGCAUCAGAAAUCAUAUUAGCGCAAUCUCGAAAUACUUUCAUACAAUCCAUCAAUGGAGAUGGCCAAGUAAAUUCUGCUUUUUGGAUGCAAUGUGCUCAAGAUUUCGAUAAGUACAACGUUUCCCCUCGAAUAGCAGUUGAAUUCUUCGUUGAACAUGCUGAGAAAGUUAAAUCGGACAAAGAAAGGUACGAAAUCUUGAAACUGGCUUACGAAACCUUGAAGAAUACCGAAAUCGAACAACAAACUAUUGACACUUUGGAAAUGGCAAUGUGGAAGUCGUGUAUUUUAGCCGGACCCGAAAAUAUAGAGUUCGAUUGUAAUGAUGGCAUUUUUAAUAAGUUAAAAACAGAGCUGCUAUCUGGUUUGGAUAACUUACAAGUCACGUGCUCCUUAGUAGACGAAAAUGAAGAGAACUCUGCCGAAGUUUUGUUGAAUCGGCUGAUUGAUCUAGGCAAAUUGGAUACUGCCUUACGAAUAAGCAAAAUUUUCAAUUGCAAUCACAAAGACUUGCAAAUAUUGAUGCUAUGUUUGAGCCUAACAGAGGGUGAAAUUUCACCAGCAGAAUUAACCGCGCAGCAAAGGAAUCUCCUAGAAGGGACAAAUAAGAGCAAACAGCAAAAGUACAGCACUUUGCGUAAUCGCGGUCUGCAAGGAUUAUCUUCAUCCCUAAGUACAAUUCCGACAACGGGAGAAUCCAGCAAAACGCUUGAUGCGAAAAUCGCUAGCAAUUACCAGUUGCAAAUGGAGUGCAUUUCGAUCUUAGAAAGAUUGUCAGAAACCCUCAAACAUGGAAAUGAAAUAUGCCUGAGAAUUGUUCUUUGUUAUAAACUCGCUGUACGCUUAGGAAAGACGUACGAGUCGUUGCUUAUGCUGAACGAUUCAAUCAAGUUUUUGCAGGAGGUUGUAGAAAGUAACGUCGAGAGCAAAUUUGACAUUGCUAAUGAUAUAAUAGUAUCGUAUAGAAUUACGACGGAAAGCGUGGCAACUUUUCUGACUGAAAAUAUUACAACGUACAUAAGUCGUGCCAUAGAAGAUGGACAGGAAGAUCUGAUUUUUAUGUGGGGUUACUCUAUGAAUGCGCACUUUCACCUAAUAAUGGAGCUCUGUAGCGACGUUUCAUUAUUAGGCUUGAAAUUAUUGAAGGUAGCACAAUCAUUGCUGGGAAGAUACAUUAGCACUCACGAUGAGAAGAAAAAUGUAUCAACAUUAAAAACAAUAGUGGAAUUAUUAAUAAGAUCCCAUGAUUGUUUUACGGCUUCCUGUAACAUGGAAGGAAUAGCCUCAGUAUUACGAAAGUGUCAAAAUCUGGCGAAUACGCUACAAAUCUUGAAGCACUGGGCUUUAUUGGUACGACUUGUAACCGGCGUCGGUCGAUUUACCGAGAUGAAUUACAUAUUCCAAAUUUUGAAAGAAAAUGAUCAAUUCGAGUUUCUACUGGGACAGGGCUUAGAUAAGGUACCGGGUCUGAAAAUGGCAUUGCUAGAAUUCUUGAAGCGGCAGUGUCCGGAAAAUAAAGAACUAUUUACUCUAGUAGCCCUUCACUUUCGUUUGUACUACGAAAUCGCGCUCAUGUGGGAGAACGAGGCGAAAGAAGUGAUUGCAAAAUUGAUAUCCGCCGUAUUGAAAGAGUGUGGCAAAGGCGUGACUGGUCUCCCAGUGGAAAUAAAAUUAACGCGAAAUGACAGCGUCCACAAACAGUUGCAAUUGGCAGUGACCAACUUCACUCACGCCACUCAAUAUUAUUUGCAGGAUAAUAAAUUAAAUCUCGCCAGCCGGUGCUCGCAUCAGGCACAACUUGUCGCCCUCCAGAUUGCGUUGCUGAAUGCGAUACCGCAAGAUCAGCAAGCGGUAUGUGUACUGAAUCUGAAGAGCGACGAGAUAGACAGAACGCUGUUGCUGAUAUUAAACUUUCCUCAAGCUUUAAUUGUCACGCGUGCUUACAAUUAUCAUGCCGACUGGGCUAAUCUUAUUUAUCACCACUGUAUUCUGAAAGGGGAGACGAGAUACCUCAAAGAAUUCAUGACAGUAAAUAGUCUGACACCUACGAUUGUACAAGAUUGCGCGCGUAGAUACAGAUUAGAAAAGAGUAUCAACCAUUCCAUGACCGACAAUAUGAGAACUCUAGUAUCUCAGUUAUCAGACGUCGAAUGUAAAUACAUGCUGGCUAGUCAACUUGGCUUUAAAGACAUUGUGGAGGAAAUGCUCAAUGAUCCUAUACUGGGUUCCUACUUGAAAGAUACGAUUUGGAAGAAGGGAUAUACCGCCUCAUGAUGUAACACAUUACUCGGUGGUGCUCGGCAUAAUCGUCAUCGGAUAAAGAAGACUAUAGACACUGACACCGCAGCAUAUUGUUACACAUACUCUUACUGUUAUCGCAAGCAAUAUAAAAUUGUAAUACUUUUGUCAAUGUAUUAUUAUUUAUAUUAUUAUCAAUACACAGUAUUUUUAUA